AUGCUGGGAAACAGCCUCAGAUCCAGCGUCGUCUCCAUCUGGCUCUACUUUGUCCUCAACAUGCUCGUCACGGUCACGAACAAGCAGAUCGUGUCCCGGACUGCGUGUCCCUGGCUCCUCACGGCAUCGCACGCAUUCACUACGUUUAUCGCCACAGGGGCGAUUUCGCGGCUCCAGAAACCCAAUUCCGCGGCCACCUCCUCGACAAGUACGGCCACGUCGACCUUUGUACCCCGUCCUCUGGCCACUUGUGGACGACUUGAAGAAGAAGAAGAGGGUGCUGAUGACGACGGCGAGGCCGACCACAGGCACCGAGAUAGAGAAGGAGAUGGCACCAGUCUCAGUCUACGAGCGCAUCUACGAGUUCUUCUCCCCUUUUCUCUCCUGUACACGCUAAACAUCGCCCUGUCCAACUUGGCCUUGGGCCUGGUGACGUUGUCCAUGCACCAGACCAUUCGCGCGACGGCCCCGGUCAUCACCGUGCUGGUCUCGAUCGUGUGGCUUGGAAGCACGUGGAGAGAAUACCCGGCCGGGGUGUACGGCGCGAUGGGUCUGACCAUUUGCGGCGUGAUCAUUGCGACCAACGCUGCGUCGUCGAGCAAAGUCAUCGGCCACGACAGAGCAGGUCUCGUUAUCGACCCAACACGGACAACCACAUUCGGGUUCACAGUCACGUUGCUCAGCGCCGUCUUGGCCGUGCUCAAAACCGUCUUUACCAACGAACUGCAGCGCCCGCAUCGCGCCAGUCGAUGGGGGCUGGGUCUGCCCUCGACGAGGCUUGUGCAGUAUCUCGCACUUUACGCGGUGAACCAGGCGGUGCUCCUGGCGAGCUGGGCCGGUGAGAUCCAGGGACUGACGACCAACGUGGACCAUGGGCCACCGUCCACCCUGACGCUCGAGCUCGGGGGUCGACCGCAUCGAGUCGCAGUGCCGUGGCCGUGGCUGUGGCUGCUCAACGCCCUCGCCGCGGCGAUGCUGAACCUCUCGUCCUUCGAGGCCAACAAGCGCUGCGGCCCUCUGACCAUGGCCAUCGCCGCCAACAUGAAACAAGUCGUCAUUCUCCUCAUGGUGAUAUGCCUCCGCGACGUCACCGAGGCGACCAACAGCGCACAGGACCGCCGCGCCAGAGAGAACACCGUCAUCGUAGGUUCCCUGAUCACGACUGUCGGAGGGAUUUGGUACGCCUUUGCCAGCGCACGGAUGAAGCGGAGAUAA